CCUGGCUGCCGAGGGGUGCCAGUGCGGGGUGGGGGCCGCCGGGGGAAGGCGAGGGCAGCGGGUUCGAGUCCCGCCCGCGCCGGGAACCGCCACUCCGCGCCGCCGCAGCCCGCUGAGGGGUGAGGAGUUCGGGGCGGCGGCGUUUCCUUCUUGCUUUCUCGUUUUUCUCUCUCGGCGGAGGCCGCGGCUUUCUCCGUGGGGCGCCAGCCCGCAGGGACAGAGUUUCGCAGGAGUUUGUGCGGACUUCGGGCUCCGGCCCCCCGCCCCGCCGCCGCCAUGCCCGUCUUCCACACGCGCACCAUCGAGAGCAUCUUGGAGCCCGUGGCCCAGCAAAUCUCCCACCUGGUCAUUAUGCACGAGGAGGGGGAGGUGGACGGCAAGGCUAUCCCGGACCUCACCGCCCCCGUAUCGGCCGUGCAGGCCGCUGUCAGCAACCUGGUGCGGGUUGGAAAAGAGACUGUGCAGACAACAGAAGACCAGAUCUUGAAAAGGGACAUGCCACCAGCGUUCAUCAAAGUAGAGAAUGCCUGCACCAAGCUCGUUCGAGCAGCCCAGAUGCUGCAGGCAGAUCCUUAUUCUGUACCAGCUCGUGACUACCUAAUUGAUGGAUCAAGAGGCAUCCUUUCUGGAACAUCAGACUUGCUUCUGACAUUUGAUGAAGCAGAGGUCCGUAAAAUCAUCCGUGUCUGCAAAGGAAUAUUGGAAUAUCUGACUGUGGCAGAAGUAGUAGAGACUAUGGAGGAUUUGGUGACAUACACAAAGAAUCUAGGGCCAGGAAUGACAAAGAUGGCAAAAAUGAUCGAUGAGAGACAACAGGAAUUAACUCAUCAGGAACAUAGGGUUAUGCUGGUGAACUCCAUGAAUACUGUGAAGGAGCUAUUGCCUGUUCUUAUUUCAGCUAUGAAGAUCUUUGUAACCACAAAAAACACUAAAAGCCAGGGAAUAGAAGAGGCCUUGAAAAACCGCAAUUUCACAGUAGAGAAAAUGAGUGCUGAGAUAAAUGAAAUAAUUCGUGUGUUACAACUCACUUCCUGGGAUGAAGAUGCCUGGGCCAGCAAGGACACUGAAGCCAUGAAAAGAGCUUUAGCCCUAAUAGAUUCAAAGAUGAACCAGGCAAAAGGUUGGCUGAGAGAUCCAAACGCACCUCCAGGGGAUGCUGGUGAGCAAGCAAUAAGACAGAUCCUUGAUGAAGCUGGAAAAGCAGGAGAAUUGUGUGCAGGCAAAGAACGCAGGGAGAUCCUGGGAACGUGCAAAACUUUGGGCCAAAUGACUGAUCAACUUGCUGAUCUCCGAGCUAGAGGACAAGGUGCUACACCUAUGGCGAUGCAGAAGGCACAGCAGGUGUCACAAGGCCUGGAUUUGCUCACUGCAAAAGUGGAGAAUGCAGCCCGGAAGUUGGAGGCCAUGACAAACUCUAAGCAGGCUAUUGCAAAGAAGAUUGAUGCUGCUCAGAACUGGCUUGCAGAUCCCAAUGGCGGAAGUGAAGGAGAAGAACACAUUCGAGGAAUUAUGUCUGAAGCAAGGAAAGUUGCAGAGCUGUGUGAGGAGCCUAAAGAAAGAGAUGAUAUCCUUCGCUCCUUGGGGGAAAUAUCUGCUCUGACAGCUAAGCUGUCAGAUCUGCGACGGCAUGGGAAAGGCGACUCUCCCGAGGCCCGUGCAUUGGCCAAGCAAAUAGCUACAUCACUUCAGAAUUUACAAUCCAAAACAAACAGAGCUGUAGCAAAUACUAGGCCAGUUAAAGCAGCUGUCCAUUUGGAGGGCAAGAUUGAGCAGGCUCAAAGGUGGAUAGAUAAUCCUACGGUUGACGAUCGAGGAGUAGGCCAGGCAGCAAUUCGGGGUUUGGUUGCAGAAGGUCGUCGUUUGGCCAAUGUUAUGAUGGGACCUUAUCGUCAGGACCUGCUUGCCAAAUGUGACCGUGUGGACCAGCUGGCUGCCCAGCUUGCUGACCUUGCAGCAAGAGGGGAGGGAGAGUCUCCUCAGGCUAGGGCAAUUGCUGCUCAGCUUCAGGACUCCCUGAAGGAUCUCAAAGCACGGAUGCAGGAAGCAAUGACCCAGGAGGUGUCUGAUAUUUUCAGUGACACUACAACUCCUAUUAAGUUGUUAGCAGUAGCAGCUACUGCUCCUUCUGAUACUCCCAACAGAGAAGAGGUGUUUGAAGAAAGAGCAGCCAAUUUUGAAAACCAUGCUGCUAGACUGGGAGCAACAGCAGAAAAAGCAGCUGCAGUUGGAACUGCUAAUAAGACAACUGUGGAAGGCAUUCAGGCAACAGUGAAGUCAGCAAGGGAGCUUACCCCACAGGUAGUAUCAGCAGCUCGAAUUCUCCUGAGAAAUCCUGGAAAUCAAGCUGCUUAUGAGCAUUUUGAAACAAUGAAAAACCAAUGGAUUGAUAAUGUAGAAAAGAUGACAGGGCUAGUGGAUGAAGCCAUCGAUACCAAGUCUCUGUUGGAUGCAUCAGAAGAGGCUAUUAAGAAAGAUCUCGAUAAAUGUAAAGUUGCAAUGGCCAAUAUGCAACCCCAGAUGCUGGUAGCUGGAGCCACCAGCAUCGCUAGGCGAGCAAACCGCAUCCUGCUGGUGGCAAAACGGGAGGUUGAAAAUUCAGAAGACCCGAAAUUCCGGGAGGCUGUUAAAGCAGCUUCUGAUGAGCUGAGCAAAACUAUAUCACCAAUGGUAAUGGAUGCCAAAGCUGUAGCUGGAAAUAUCUCUGAUCCUGGUUUGCAAAAGAGUUUCUUGGAUUCUGGGUACAGGAUUCUGGGAGCUGUGGCCAAAGUUAGAGAAGCCUUCCAGCCUCAGGAACCAGAUUUUCCCCCUCCUCCUCCUGACCUUGAGCAUCUUCAUCUGACUGAUGAACUUGCUCCUCCGAAACCACCACUUCCAGAAGGUGAGGUUCCCCCACCCAGACCACCACCCCCUGAAGAAAAGGAUGAGGAGUUCCCAGAGCAGAAAGCAGGAGAAGCUAUUAAUCAGCCUAUGAUGAUGGCUGCUAGGCAGUUGCAUGAUGAGGCUCGGAAAUGGUCUAGCAAGCCUGUGACUGUGAUUAAUGAAGCGGCUGAGGCUGGUGUAGAUAUAGAUGAGGAGGAUGAUGCAGAUGUUGAAUUCAGUCUCCCCUCUGACAUUGAAGAUGAUUACGAGCCUGAGCUGCUGUUAAUGCCAACCAAUCAGCCUGUUAACCAGCCCAUUCUGGCUGCUGCUCAGUCUCUGCAUCGGGAAGCAACCAAGUGGUCUAGUAAGGGUAACGACAUCAUUGCUGCUGCUAAACGAAUGGCGCUGCUCAUGGCGGAGAUGUCACGCCUGGUGCGAGGAGGCAGCGGGAACAAGCGUGCCCUCAUUCAGUGUGCAAAGGACAUCGCUAAGGCAUCGGAUGAAGUCACUCGGUUGGCCAAAGAGGUGGCCAAGCAAUGCACUGAUAAACGCAUCAGAACAAACCUCUUACAGGUCUGUGAGCGAAUCCCAACCAUCAGCACACAACUCAAAAUUCUUUCCACAGUUAAAGCUACCAUGCUGGGCAGGACUAACAUCAGCGAUGAAGAAUCAGAACAGGCAACUGAGAUGUUGGUUCAUAAUGCCCAGAACCUCAUGCAGUCUGUAAAGGAAACUGUGAGAGAAGCUGAAGCAGCAUCCAUUAAGAUAAGAACAGAUGCUGGAUUCACUCUGCGCUGGGUCAGAAAGACCCCAUGGUAUCAGUAAACACCAAAUAAGCAUUGUCUUCUGUAACAUAAAAUGCCUCUUUUUGGAAAUGGAAGAGAUUUAUCAACAGCAGAAGGUGCUGUAUACAUAAGCUUAAAAUUAGCUUAUGCUAAUGCCCCAUUCUGAGGGUAUGAAUUAUAAGAGAAUGCAUUUAAAAUAUCUUUGGAGCUCGUUUGAUAUCAAACACCUCAAAAUUCUUUCCAAUAAUACGGUUCUUAUUCUUUUUUUUUUUUUAAUCUCUUGAAGAUUAUAUUGAAGUCUGUAAUCCCAGAAGCACAUUUCAUUUAUGCACUGCAUAUUCCAGUAGUUUCCAUAUGAUGUUACAAUACAUAGACCUCACUUAAAGCUUGUGUUGAGAGGCUGGGACACUAACAGUGUAAGUUGGCAGUGAUUUAGGGAAAUCUUCGGUGUAUGAACACUCAACUUUUCAGCAGGCUUUUAAUUGGCUCUUCAAAUGGUUCAGAAGUGGUUUGGAUUUUUAAAAAGGAAAAAAAGGGAUGGGAGGGGGCAAGCAGUUGUAAAAUGAAGAUUAAAAUCCCAUUGCUGAAAUGAUAUGUAUUUUUAAAUUUUCUUGUUGACUUUUGCUUGGCAAAAAAAGUACUUGAAUAAAAACUGGAGCUGUCUGUCACCCUCCUGGCACCCUAUAGGUAGCAUUUCAGAACUGUUGUGCUGUACCGAGAUGCUUCUGGUGAAUGUUAGUGGCACGCUGUUGUCAGCUGGAGGCCUUAAAUUGUGCAGCUCUCCUUCUUGCUCAAUUUAGUGACAUACUGAACUGAAAAAUCCUGGUUCCUUGAAUCUGUGUCUAGAACCAGAAAACGUCACAGAAAUGCUCCUUCCUUCUGGAAAGCAAAGUGAGCACAAGGCAUGUGUCGUCAUUGUUUUCUCUUCUUUGCAUCUCAUUGUUCUAGCCACACGAGAUGGCAAUUAAGAUCAAGAAUAGUACCCUCAGAAGAUGUUUUGACUCACUACUCUUGCUUCCAACAGUGCAAUAGCAUUGCUUAAGCUUUCUGAAGCCCACGUACUACAGAGGUGGGAAGUUCGUCAGGUGGCCCAAUGGCUGCCAGCGAGCAGCAGUUCCUAAUGCUCAGUGUCCCCAGGUGUUCGUACUGGUUUUAUCAUAGUUGGAGUUAGGCAGUUUGAAAACUUUUUUGAGUCUUAGUAAAUUGAACCAUGUGCUAUUUAGUCUUCUGUAGACAAAACGCGCUCUGGAUAAAAAAGGCUUCAAAUAUUUUUAUUCUAAUAUAAUCUAACAUGCCUUCCUAUAUGUAGUUUUUGUCUAUUGCUCCAUAGUCUCUUUUGCCAUUUGGAAUUGCUGUUUUAUCAUGGGUUGCUGUACUUUUGCAAUGAGCACUUGCAAACUUCUGCCCAAAUCAGCACGGACCUCCUGAGACACUGUUCAUUUUUAUUUGCUGGUAAUUGUUGCACAACCAUUAUUGAAGUGGCCUUGUCAGACUGAGCAGAUGUUUCACAGCCUAAAGAGAGAGAGAGAAAAUAGUCAGCUGCUCUUUGCUGGUCUGUAACACUCUACAUUUGGACUUGCUUCUCCCACCCCUCCACUGCACUGUUAUCUAAAAAGGGAAGUUAAACUGAUUCUAAUGCAUCUGCCUCAAACCUGACCUUAGCAAGAGAAAACAUGUGUUGGUCUUCAGUUUGCUCCUGGUGUCUGGGUAUUAUGAAACACGUGGUACUUGGGGUCUUCCCUUGGUAUUCUCUUCUGGUGAUUACCUGGAACAGGAAGAGGAAGGAAGAGGUGCCAGAGCCUUAACCUGAAUGUCUUGCAUUUGGUCGGUUUAUACCAGAUCUUUUAUGUAAUUGUAAUGUAGUAAUUUCUAUUUAAUAGUAAAUAACACUGAAUAGUUAAGGGUAAUUUUAAAGGGAUUUUCUAAAUAGUCUUCCUGCGUUUCCUCACGCUCCCACCCCUCUCCUCCCAUUCAAGCUUCUCUCAGAUUUUUUUUUAGCAUCAGUGUUUAGUUGCUUGACUGAUAUUAAUGCAAUAUUACUAAUGCCUUUAAUACAUAAUUGUUUAUGCCAAAGAUCACUUUCUGUUUAUUGAGUAACGUUUGUGGGAGAGUUACAAAUCAUGGUUGCCUUUGGCGUUCUUCCAGAAUGUUUGCUGUAGGUUCUCAAAUUGUUUUGUAGAAGUUGAGAUACUCAUUCACCUUAUGCAAUUACUGGGUUGGUUUUUUUGAACACUAUUGGUCUUCAGACCUGAAAUGCAGCAAAAAUUGGAGAAAGACCAUGAAUGUCACUUAGAAAUGUUUUACCACUAUAAAAUGUUGUUUAUAAGCCAAAAUGCAUUUAUGUAUAGUCUAAUGUUUUCAACCUUAUUCUUUGGUUCUGUUAAAACAAUAAAAAUGCAUUUGUACAAACA